GUUUUUCAGAAUCAACCAAGUUCUCAGCGUUCAACACCAAAUAGUUCGCCACGAUCUCGCAACGCCAUGUCUCCCACUAUCAUCAAUAAUGUUAAUAAUAAUAAAGUCAAUUCACCAAGUACACCAAUGGAGUCUUCCCUGACUGGUCUAGGUGGUGAUGUCAGACAAGCAUUUAGUCAGCGUCCGUCUGCUAGUAUUAAUAAUGUUGGUGGUAUGGGAAAUUUCCGUCAAGAUUUACUAGUAGCUGCUGAUUCUGUAACCAAUGCCAUGUCUUCUUUAGUCAAAGAGUUGAAUUCAGGUUGGUAUUUUGACAUUUUGUGGCAGAUAUAUAAACCUAGAUGA